AUGGUUGGUCCAAUCGCUGAAGCAAACAGCGCCAGCCUGGGUAACUCUCUCUUUUGGGUCCACGACCAUACCGAGAGCCCAGAGACCACAUUGCUUCCGUACCUGCAUCACAGCCUACCGUACGCGCUGCCGCUCUACCGGCGCGUUCAAUUCGGCCAUCGUAGCCAACACACUCGCAUCCUUGCCACUGUCCCCGCGCAUGAUUCUUCUCCUUCCUCUACCACCAUUCCCACCACCGGAGGUCAGAAACAGGAAGAGCAAGGAAAACAGGAGCAAUGCUUCGCAGCAAUCUACAUCGACCGUUCCCGGCGCCCGGAAACCGAAAGCUGGGUCUACGUCUCCUGGGACCAUCCAUCCCACACCAACAACAUCUCCACCUGCACCUGCGCCCGCCACCUCUUCUCCGUCCUCUCACACAUCGCCGAUAACACCAACGUCAGCACGCCGUCUGCGGUCCCUUACCCGCCUCUCACCCCUGCUGAGGAAGCCGACAUCUGGGCCGCCGUCACCGCGAACGAUGCGGACGAGACGGCUGCAAAGUACCACACGCACACCAGCGCCUCCGCCGCCAAGUACCUCGAGAAUCUGCACACGCCCUCGAUGCUCAAGGUGGGUACGAUGCACGCGGCAGGCGUCGCGUGGGCGCGGGGAUUGGGCAUGCUGGACCGGGAUGGUGUGGGCAGCGGGUUCGCAUAUAGGAAAUACGUUUUUCAACCGCGAGAAAGUUUGCAUGAGGAUGAGAAGGUUAUGGGGGAGGGCGGGUGGCAAGGGCUGAGCUGGGGUCAAUUGAGGGAGGAGGAUUUGGCCAUCGUGAGGAGCAGGUCGGCGAUUCCGAGGACAAAUCGCACGUUGAGGACGUUGCCUUCCGUGGCGGUUUUUGCUACCACGGAGGGGUACAAAAGGCCAGUGGCGUGGGCGUUUUUGGCCGUCGACGGGAGUUUGUCUUCGUUACAUGUUGAGCCGGAAUACAGAGGCAAGGGAUUGGCAAAGGCGAUGGGCCGGAAGAUCUUCCGAGAGGGGUGGGCUGCGUUCGGUGAAGAUUUAAAUGGGUUGGCGCAUGCGGAUGUGGCGUUGGAAAAUAUCGAGAGCAAUGGCGUUUGCAAGAGUUUGGGUGGCAUUGAUCAGGAUUGGCAGGUGUACUGGGUGAGAAUAGAUCUAGAUAGAGUGCAGGAAGUCGUCGCAGCCUCGUGA